UUGUGUGGUUUUUUGUUUUUUUUUUGAACAGAGCGCUGAAAGCUGCUUACUCCACUGAACCUGUCUGAGAGCAGCUAGCUCCUGCUGUAAGAAAGCGAAGACGUUCAUUCCCUACGUUUCAUGUCAGUGUAAAUAUGUGUGUCUGCUAAGUGGGUUUCUAGAGAAGAGCUGAACUUAUUCUGGUGGAGGAAAGCGUCUAAUGAAGAUGGCUUCAGAGGGUUUCAAGCUGCUCGUCCUUGGAUGUUUCUGGUCUUGGGUCUGUUUGACUGGUGGUGGGGAGGCAUCUGGUGGUGUGGAACCCUUGGUGGUGCCAGUCCGAGUGCCCAGUGUGCACUUAUCUCAGGAGGAGAUCCGGAGACUACGCUUCAAACCCACCGUGGGCACCAUCCAGUGUUCAGAGGGUUCUGAGGUCACGUUCAACUGCUCCAUUGACCUCACUGACAUGGGACAGGACCUGAGUAUCCUGUGGUUCAAGGAUGGCAGAGAGAUAUUUGAUGGCACGCAGACCGCUGUAUACAGCCAUGGAUCAGUAAUUCUGCUGUCCACUAUCAGUAUUAAGAGCGUUCAGCGAGCUGACUCUGGUCAGUACCAGUGCAGACUGAGCGUCAGUAACAAAGUGAUCGAGUCAAAUCCCAUCAUCGUUGAGGUUGCUGGUUUACCAACCUUUACUAAACAGCCAAGUGAUGUAAAUGUUACCAGGAACAGCUCCUUCACGUUGACCUGCGAGGCUGUGGGUCCCCCAAAUCCGGUCACAAUUAUAUGGCUUCUUAAAGGCCAGAAGUUAAACCAAACCAGUCCCUCUCCAAGCACCAUAACUAUCCAAGGUGUGGACUCGCCCACUCAAUACAGCUGUGAGGCUCACAAUGCCAAAGGAGUCACCGUCUCCAGAGAGGCACAUGUCAACAUUAAAGACUUUCCAGCCAAGGUCUCCAAAAUUACCGUGGUGAAACGUGAAGCAAACAAACUCCUCUUAAACUGGACACCUGGACACGAUGGCUUUUCCCCACUCAGUACCUGCCACAUCACAGUGAGAGAGCUGGGCAGAGAGCUGGGCAACCCUACUAGCGUGCACAAAGUGUCAGUCCCUCCAUUUUCGUACGAGAUCACUGACCUGAAAGCCAUGACCUGGUAUAACAUGAGUGUGUCCUGCACAAAUGAGAUUGGCCCCUCGCCACCCAGCUCCUGGGUCCAGAGCAACACUACAGAAGGAGUUCCUUCAGUGGCCCCUCAGAAUGUGACCGUUCGUGUAAACGAGACCAUGCUCCUGGUACGAUGGGAAGCUCCUCCUCCUGACAAGAUAAACGGGAUCCUACAAGGAUAUGAUGUCCUUGUUUAUGAUGGGAAAUAUGUCAACAAGAUUCGCAGUAUGUCCACAGAGGCAGCAGUGGCCAUGCAGGAGUUUAACACUACAUAUACUGUGGAAGUGAUGGCUUGCACACAAGCUGGCUGUGGAGUUAGAAGCUCUCGUUACCUGUUCUUUGUCCCAGAGAUUGAUAUGCCCUCCCCAUCUUCCAGACCUGACACACAUGGUUCAGACUCUGUGUACAUUGUGUUGGGAGUUGCCUGUGGCGUCUGUCUUGUGCUGAUUCUGAUGUUUGUAGCUAUAUGUCUGCGUAGCCGGAUAUUAGAGACUCAACUAGGGAGGUUGCUUGGAACCGGAGAGAAACUUUCGCCCAUCGUCGAGUACAGACCUCAGAGGUCCUACAAUCGAUCGGCAAUUGAAAUGACACUCACAAACUUGGGUGUCAGUGAAGAACUUCAGACCAAACUUCAGGAUGUGAUGAUUUUAAGAAACCUGCUUGCCAUCGGAAAGAUUCUUGGAGAAGGGGAGUUUGGUUCCGUAAUGGAGGGCCACUUAAAUUGGCCUGAUGGAACGACAGAGAAAGUGGCUGUGAAGACAAUGAAAUUGGAUAAUUUCUCUCAGAGGGAGAUAGAAGAGUUUCUGAACGAGGCUGCCUGCAUGAAGGACUUUAACCACCCUAAUGUAAUUCGGCUACUAGGUGUAUGUUUAGAUGUGGGUCCAGGCCACUUCCCCAGGCCAAUGGUCAUCCUCCCCUUCAUGAAGUAUGGAGACCUGCAUAGCUUUCUUCUUCGCUCCCGGCUUGGAGACAGUCCAUUGUAUCUCCCAGUACAAACUCUUCUGAGGUUUAUGAUUGACAUUGCUUCGGGAAUGGAAUACCUCAGCAGCAGAAAUUUCCUACAUAGAGACCUUGCAGCACGGAAUUGCAUGUUACGCGACGACAUGACUGUGUGCGUGGCAGACUUUGGUCUCUCAAAGAAGAUUUACAGUGGAGAUUACUAUAGACAGGGCAGAAUAGCCAAGAUGCCUGUGAAAUGGAUUGCUGUGGAGAGUUUGGCAGACCGAGUCUUCACCGUGAAAAGUGAUGUGUGGGCAUUUGGGGUAACCAUGUGGGAGAUAGCUACUCGAGGCAUGGCUCCAUACCCUGGUGUCCAGAACCAUGAGAUUUAUGACUACCUCUUGGAAGGCCACAGGUUGAAGCAGCCAAAUGACUGCUUGGAUGAACUGUAUACCAUCAUGUUAAGCUGCUGGCGUGCCAACCCUGUGGACCGGCCUGAUUUUACAAAGGUGAAGGCGAUGCUGGAGAAGCUGGCAGAGAAGCUUCCUGACAAGAGGGACAUCAUUUACAUCAACACCACUGUCUCAGAGGAGGAAGAAGAAAAGGAACAUCUGGCAGAGGUGCCACUGGAGGGCCCUGUCCUCACCUCCUCACCAUCCUGCAGCCGCCAGACCAUGGACACGUCCAUAGUGACAGUGGACGUCCACGAGAGCUCGGCUGCGGAUGAAGAUGACCGUUACGUUAUCGUUGUCCCCUCAGAGGACCCUGGUGCAGUGGGACAGAGCAGUACUGUGGACACUCCACUUUUAGCUGUGGCGAAUUUGGAGCAGGACACUGUUGACUCUUCUGGAGAUGUAACAGAACUACAUCAAGUCUCUAGUGAUACAACACAUUUACUAUGAACUACAAACUACAAAAAUAACAGCUACCUUUGUUUUGUCCAUGGAAAAAAUGAUAUCUUCCACUACAAAUUUCAAAUGAUUUCUGAUUUGAUUGAAUUAUUAAGUACCAGUUUAGAAGCAAUGUGUGAAAAUAUAGAUAGAAACAUAGAUGCUGGUGUGUCUCUGCCACUGUAAAUAUAUAUGGCCAGUUUAGUUCAAGUUUGUUGUUUUUCCAGUAGACAUUGUCACAAAGCUGCUUUACAGAAAUCUGUGUGUAGAUCAAGCUGACAUAGACAGUUUAAAAAAAAAAAAAUCUGUGUCAAGAUCAACCUGAGGUAGACGGAAAACAACCUUCCGGCCAGCACAAGGGAGGCUUUUUAUGAGGACUCAAAAAAAAAAAAAAAAAGUGACUCCAUCCUUCUCUAUUCUAAACAGAAUAUCAGGUAGAUAUUUAAGGGUUUGCUGGAUUCACUGCAAAGUCAAACUCAAAAAUAAUGCAGUAGUGUUCUUAGCAGUGUCCUUUUAGCAGAACCUAUGUACAUAAAGUUAAAUAUGUAUAUUUCUGCAGUUGGAAAUAUGAUGUCCAUGAAUAGUCCAGAGGUUUUAAAAUUCUAUGUAUUGCUCUGUGUAACAGGUGUUUUGGAAAUUAAUUGCAAAUAUAAAUAUUUUGCUUAUUAUUAAACAAUGUUUUUUUAAAUAUUGGUAAUAAAUUAUUAUUAUUUUUUU